AUGAUUUAUCAAGAAUAUUUAAAUGAUUUGGAAAAUAAUUUAACAAAUAUGGAAAAUAAUGAAGAAGAAGAAAUUCCAAGUAUGGAAGAAUAUUUUUCACAAAUUCCAUCUAAUGAAAUUAAAUUUAAAAAACCUUUAAAAGUAAAAUUAAUAAUUUCAGAUUUAAAUCAACCUAAAUUAGCAAGUAAAAUGGCAAGUACAGUAAAUUCAUUUGUAAAUGUAUUUUCCCAAUUUGGAUGGGUACAUACUGCAUUUAGUAUUUCUAAUUUAAAAUUUGAUUGGGUUAAAAGUGAAUAUUGUGAAACAGGUGAUGUUAAAGGUACUUCAUGUUUAUUAGCAAUUACUGUUAAGGAAAUUGAAUAUUUAAAUGAAUUAGAAAAUUGUUUAAAAAUAGUAUGUUUUUUUUUAAUUUAA